UUUUGGACAAAGAUGACUAGUCCUCGGGUAUGUAUGCACGGAAGGUGAAACGCUGGCUCUGUUACAAAUGAAGCAGCCACAAGGUAACCUGGCGCCUGUACCCAUCCCCUCUCCAGCAUACAGGGUAUGAGCUGCUGUGGAGACAAGGCUGUACAUGGAACAUCCCUGUAUUGUUUAUAAUCCAUGGGGAUAGAAUGCAGGUCACGUGGCUCUCUACCUUGUCCUCUGUAAUCAUCCUGAUUGGUCCAAGGAUCCCAUGCACAUCCCCAGAAAGCACACCAUGCAGCAACUGUGACGGUAACAACGUGACCUGUGUUGACGGUGUGUGCUCACCACGCUGUGUCAGUGUGACGUCAUCUGGAGAGUGUCGGUGUCGGGACUCCAGGUUCUAUGGUAAACAGUGUGAACAUGACUGUCCAGACACCUGUCUCAACUCUCGCUGUCAGAUGGACAACACCCGUGUUGUGUGUACAGAGGGAUGUGUGGCCGGCAAGAAGGGAGAUAACUGUGGUAUGAACUGUCCUACAGCCUGUACACAGUGUGAACGUUAUGGUGAUGGUUGUACAGGACCGUGUCAGAAUCCCCGGUAUUACGGUCAAAACUGUACAAAACCUUGUUCCUCGAGCUGUACAGAUGAAUGUAAUCGGAUCACGGGGGAGUGUGGCAGCUGUGAGCCAGGUUACACAGGGGACAAGUGUGAUGUUACCUGUCCCCCCAACUGUAGAGAUGGAUGUGAUAAAGGCACGGGGGAGUGUGACAGCUGUGAGCCGGGUUACAGAGGAAAGAACUGUAAUGACACCUGCCCCCCCAACUGUAGAGAUGGAUGUAAUAGGAUCACGGGGGAGUGUGGCAGCUGUGAGCCAGGUUACACAGGGGACAAGUGUGAUGUUACCUGUCCCCCCAACUGUAGCGAUGAAUGUGAUAAAGACACGGGGGAGUGUGGUAGCUGUGAACCAGGUAACACAGGGGACAAGUGUGAUGUUACCUGUCCCCCCAACUGUAAAGAUGGAUGUACCAAAGACACGAGGGAGUGUGUCAGCUGCGUGUCGGGUUACAGAGGGAAGAACUGUAAUGACACCUGUCCCUCAAGCUGUAGCGAUGGAUGUGAUAAGGGGAUCGGAAAGUGUGAGGGUUGUAAACCAGGGAACAAUGGGAAGAACUGUAUUAUCUCCUGUCCUACCACCUGUAGGGAAGGAUGUAAUCAUGACGGUGGGUGCAUCUUGACAGAUGGAUGUAAUAGGAUCACUGGGGAGUGUGACAGCUGUGAGCCAGGUUACAUGGGGGACAAGUGUGAUGUUACCUGUCCCCCCAACUGUAGAGAUGGAUGUGAUAAAGACACGGGGGAGUGUGGCAGCUGUGAGCCAGGUUACACAGGGGACAAGUGUGAUGUUACCUGUCCCCCCAACUGUAGCGAUGAAUGUGAUAAAGACACGGGGGAGUGUGGUAGCUGUGAACCAGGUAACACAGGGGACAAGUGUGAUGUUACCUGUCCCCCCAACUGUAAAGAUGGAUGUACCAAAGACACGAGGGAGUGUGUCAGCUGCGUGUCGGGUUACAGAGGGAAGAACUGUAAUGACACCUGUCCCUCAAGCUGUAGCGAUGGAUGUGAUAAGGGGAUCGGAAAGUGUGAGGGUUGUAAACCAGGGAACAAUGGGAAGAACUGUAUUAUCUCCUGUCCUACCACCUGUAGGGAAGGAUGUAAUCAUGACGGUGGGUGCAUCUUGACAGAUGGAUGUAAUAGGAUCACUGGGGAGUGUGACAGCUGUGAGCCAGGUUACAUGGGGGACAAGUGUGAUGUUACCUGUCCCCCCAACUGUAGAGAUGGAUGUGAUAAAGACACGGGGGAGUGUGGCAGCUGUGAGCCAGGUUACACAGGGGACAAGUGUGAUGUUACCUGUCCCCCCAACUGUAGAGAUGGAUGUGAUAAAGACACGGGGGAGUGUGGCAGCUGUGAGCCAGGUUACACAGGGGACAAGCAUUCUAUGGAUGUUGUGCUGCUGGAGGUGGGCAUUGGCGAUCAGUGCACGGUGAUCGAGGGCGUUCUCGUCCAGAAAACGCCUUGCAAAGUUCCAGAGGGUCUUGAGGGCCUAGAGGGUCAAGAGGGUCUGGAGGGUCUAGAGGGUCUGGAGGGUCUAGAGGGUCUUGAGGGUCAAGAUGGUCUAGAGGGUCAAGAGGGUCUAGAGGACACAGGAGCCAGCGCUGAAGCCACGUAUGUUGUACUUGUCGCCAUCCCCAUCCUCAUCCUCGUUGUCAUCGUGUACAGAAGUUUCAUCAUGGUAUACCACUACAUCGACUUCCUUGGCCUCAUAUCUGGACAGGACAGUGUUACAAGUGUCCAUCCUCCUGAGGCAAUCUAUACACUAGGCGGGGACAUGUGUGAUGAGCUGAACGGGGACACGUCGAAGGAGGUCAUGGAGGGAGAGUUUAAAAAACUGCCUUCUUAUAUAAAACCAGUAAAUUGUGCCACUUUGGACGAAAACGAAGGGAAGAACAGAUACAAAGAUAUCCUGCCAUUUGAUGCUACACGAGUGCCCCUUGAGAUUGAAAAUGAAGAUGACAGCGACUACAUCAACGCCUCUUACAUAGAUGGAUACAUGGACCAGACCCGCUAUGUUGCAACCCAAGGGCCCUUGGAACACACAAAGAACGACUUCUGGAGGAUGAUAUGGCAACUGAACACCGCCAAGAUUGUCAUGGUUACUAACCUCAUGGAGUCGGGGAAGUUGAAGUGCUACAUGUACUGGCCAUUCUGCAGCUCUGAGUCCACGAUGUACGGCAGUAUAAGUGUUCAGUGCGCGAAAGAGGAGGUCUACGAGACCUACACCCUCCGCUCAAUGGCGAUCUGGAAGGAAGGUACAGAGACAAGAAUGAUCAAGCAGUUCCACUUCACCCAGUGGCCCGACCACGGGGUUCCCAGUGACACUACAGCACUAUUACACUUCCACAAUGUAGUGAAGGACACGGCACUACCACUGUCAGGGCCAUUAGUGGUUCACUGA